GUGGUCCUCACGGCCGAGGAGACGCCGCCGCUGAGCCUGGCCAACCUGGCUGGCACGCAGACGGUGGGCGACGGUGCCCGCUUCUCCUCCCCACGGGAGCUGCUCUUCGACGCCUUCCAGCCGCUGCCCCGCGACGUCUACUACUGGGUGCUGCCCGCGCCCUUCGCCGGGGACAAGGUGACAUCGUACGGCGGCGAGCUGCAGUACACGGUGACACACCGGGCACCACCGGGCGCCCAGCCUUUGCCGCGCCAGCCCGACGUCCUGCUGCAGGGCAACGGCAUCCUCCUGGAGCACUUCUCCGGUGCCACCUUCCCCUCCGGCGUCCCCACCACCGUCACCGUGCCCUUCCGCGAGCGUGCCUGGCGCCGGGCGUGCUCACCCGGGUACGUGGGGGACCCACCGCGGGGAGAGCCGUGCCGAGAGCCGGGUGUCCCCGGGGGGCAGUGCCCGUGUGACCCACGUGGCAGCAUCAGCGAGGGCUGCGGUGCCGACGGGCAGUGCCACUGCAAGUCCAACGUGGAGGGUCCCCACUGUGCCGCCUGCCGUCCCCACCACUUCCACCUGAGUGCCAGCGAGCCGGCCGGCUGCCUGCCCUGCUUCUGCAUGGGCAUCGUCCAGCACUGCACCAGCACCACCUACGCCCGCGGCACCGUGCGGGCACCCUUCGCCCCCGGGAACCCGCAGGGGUUUGCCCUGGUGAACCGGCAGCGCAGCACCCGGGUGGGCACCGGCUUCAGGGUGGAGCCGGGCACCCCCCACCCCCGUCUGACCUACGAGCGAUUCGGGGAGCUGCCCCCCGACUCCUACUACUGGCAGCUGCCACCCCCCUACCAGGGGGACAAGUGGCAGGACUGUGCCCCCGGUUACACACGCACCGGGGGGGGGCUGUACCUGGGGCACUGCGAGCUGUGUGAGUGCAACGGGCACUCGGAGACCUGCCACCCCGAGAGCGGCGUCUGUUCUGGAUGCUUGCACAACACAGCGGGGGAUUUCUGUGACCAAUGCGCCCCCGGUUUCUACGGGGAUGCCACCGCCGGUACCCCCGAGGACUGCCACCCGCCGCGCACCGCGGUGGCGCAGGGCAGCGCCGUCACCCUGCGGUGCCAGGCCAGCGGCGACCCCCCCUUCUACUACCACUGGGGGCGAGAAGACGGGAGACCCCUCCCCCAGGGCGCCCAGACCCGGGGACAAGGCGAGGAGCUGCACUUCGCCAGCAUCCAGCCCUCCGAAGCCGGCGUCUACGUCUGCUCCUGCCGCAACCUGCGGUACAGCAACGCCAGCCGCGCCGAGGUCAUCGUCACCGAGACCCCCGGCAAACCCAUCACCGUCACCGUGGAGGAGAAGCGGGUGCAGCGGGUGAAGCCCGGUGCCGAUGUCACCUUCGUCUGCACAGCCAAGAGCAAGUCGCCCGCCUACACGCUGGUGUGGACGCGGCAGAACCACGGGACGCUGCCCGCGGGCGCCGUGGACUUCAACGGGAUCCUCACCCUGCGCCGCGUGCGCCCCGAGGACGCCGGCGUCUACGUCUGCACCGGCUCCAACAUGUUGGACAUGGACGAGGGCACCGCCACGCUCUACGUCCAGGGACCCCCUGCCUGCCACGUGCCCAUCCCCGUGGCCUCAGGCCUCUCAAAUCCCAUCUCUCUCUCUCCCCGCCAGUCGCCCGCCUACACGCUGGUGUGGACGCGGCAGAACCACGGGACGCUGCCCGCCGGCGCCGUGGACUUCAACGGGAUCCUCACCCUGCGCCGCGUGCGCCCCGAGGACGCCGGCGUCUACGUCUGCACCGGCUCCAACAUGUUGGACAUGGACGAGGGCACCGCCACGCUCUACGUCCAGGCCCCCUCCAAGACUCAGAUGUUUUACGGGCCCGUGGAGUUUAUGGAGGGGCACAGACCGGGUGCGCUGCCGCCGCAGGCCGUGGUCCAGGGGGGGACGCUGCGUUUCGGCGCCGUGGAGCCCUCCGACGAGGGGCACUACGCCUGCCGGGCACGCAACAGCGCCGGGCAGCACACGGCACGGGCCUUCCUCCACGUGCAAGCAGCCGGCGCCCCCCGGGUGCAGGUGAGCCCGGAGCGGACAGAGGUGCAGGAGGGCUCCACGGUGCGGCUCUACUGCCGGGUCUCGGGGUCCCCCACCGCCACCAUCACCUGGGAGAAGCAGGGGGGCACCCUCCCACCACAGUCCCGCGCCGAGCAGGGUGACAUCGCCACCCUGGUCAUCCCCGCCGUGACGGCAGCCGACGGCGGCCUCUACCUCUGCGUGGGCUCCAGCGCCGCCGGCACGGCCCGCGCCGCCAUCGAGGUGGCCGUGGUGCCAGGGACAACCCCACCCGUCCGCAUCGAGUCCUCCUCCCCGUCCGUCAGCGAGGGACAGACCCUGGACCUCGACUGCCUGGUGGCCGGGCCCGGCCCUGCCACCGUGACGUGGUACAAGCGCGGUGGCUCCUUGCCCGCCGGCCACCAGGUUUCGGGGUCCCGGCUCCGUGUCCCCCACGUCACGGCGGCCGAUUCGGGGGAGUACGUGUGCCGGGCCAGCGUGGGGACCACCAUCAGGGAGGCGUCUGUCAUCGUCACCGUGGUGGCCGCGUCCGGCUCCUCCUACGGGCCACCAGCUUCAGGUGUCCCCGUCCGGAUUGAGGCGUCCUCGUCCACCGUGGCCGAGGGACAGACCCUGGACCUCAACUGCCUGGUGGCCGGCCAGGGACAGGCCACUGUCACCUGGUACAAGCGUGAGGGGUCCCUCCCACCCAAGCACCAGAUGUCUGGCUCCCGGCUACGGCUGCUGCAGGUGACAGCGGCCGACUCGGGCGAGUACGUGUGCCGGGUGACCAGCGGGGCCACCACCAAGGAAACCUCUGUCAUGGUGACAAUCCAGCCCAGUGGGGCCAGCUCAUACCCUCCGGGCAACACGAACCCCCUGCGCAUCGAGUCCCCGUCCUCCACCGUGGCCGAGGGCCAGACCCUGGACCUCAACUGUGUCAUCGCCAGCCCCACACAGGCCACCGUCACCUGGUACAAACGUGGGGGGUCCCUCCCACCCAAGCACCAGAUGUCUGGCUCCCGGCUACGGCUGCUGCAGGUGACAGCGGCCGACUCGGGCGAGUACGUGUGCCGGGUGACCAGUGGGGCCACCACCAAGGAAACCUCUGUCAUGGUGACAAUCCAGCCCAGUGGGGCUAAUGCCUACCCUCCUGGCAGCACCACCCCCCUGCGCAUCGAGUCCUCGUCCUUGUCAUCCCCUGUGGCCGAGGGCCAGACCCUGGACCUCAACUGUGUCAUCGCCAGCCCCGCACAGGCCACCGUCACCUGGUACAAGCGCGGGGGGUCCCUCCCACCCAACCACCAGAUGUCUGGCUCCCGGCUACGGCUGCUGCAGGUGACAGCGGCCGACUCGGGCGAGUACGUGUGCCGGGUGACCAGUGGGGCCACCACCAAGGAAACCUCUGUCAUGGUGACAAUCCAGCCCAGUGGGGCUAAUGCCUACCCUCCUGGCAGCACCACCCCCCUGCGCAUCGAGUCCUCGUCCUUGUCAUCCCCUGUGGCCGAGGGCCAGACCCUGGACCUCAACUGUGUCAUCGCCAGCCCCGCACAGGCCACCGUCACCUGGUACAAGCGCGGGGGGUCCCUCCCACCCAACCACCAGAUAUCUGGCUCCCGGUUACGGCUGCUGCAGGUGACAGCGGCCGACUCGGGCGAGUACGUGUGCCGGGUGACCAGCGGGGCCACCACCAAGGAGAUCUCCAUCGUGGUGACAAUCCAGCCCAGUGGGGCCACCACCUACCCCAUUGGUGUCACCCCCCCACUGCGCAUCGAGUCCUCGUCCUCCUCCGUGGCCGAGGGACAGACCCUGGACCUCAACUGCCUGGUGGCCGGCCAGGGACAGGCCACCAUCACCUGGUACAAGCGUGAGGGACCACUCCCGGCCAUCUACCAGGUGUCGGGCACCCGCCUGCGCAUCCCCCAGGUGACGGCGGCCGAUUCGGGCGAGUACGUGUGCCGGGUGACGUCGGGGGGGGUCAUGCACGAGACGUCCCUCAUCGUCACCAUCCAGACCGGCGCCGGCUCCUCUUACGCCGUCGGUGUCACGCCGCCGGUGAGGAUCGAGACCUCGUCCGCCGCCGUCACCGAGGGACAGACCCUGGACCUCAACUGCAUGGUGGCAGGACAGGGCCACCCCCACGUCACCUGGUACCGGCGCGGGGGGGCUCUGCCCCCCAACAGCCAGGUGUCGGGGACCCGCCUGCGGCUCGCCCAGGUGGCGGUGGCCGAUUCGGGGGAGUACGUGUGCCGGGUGACCCUGGGGACCGUCACCCAGGAGGCGUCUGUCAUCGUCACCGUGCCCAGCAGCCCUGCCACCGCCGGCACCUACUACCCCUCCGGCGUGUCCCAGCCCCUCCGCAUCGAGUCCUCCUCCUCGGCCAUCGCCGAGGGACAGGUCCUGGACCUCAACUGCCUGGUGGCAGGGUCUGGCCCCACCACCGUGACGUGGUACAAGCGCGGUGGCUCCCUGCCCGCCAGCCACCAGGUGUCGGGCACCCGCCUGCGCAUCCCCCAGGUGACAGCGGCCGAUUCAGGGGAGUACGUGUGCCGGGUGACGUCGGGGGGUGUCACGCAGGAGACAUCCCUUGUUGUCACCAUCGAUGAUGGAGACAACCCAUCCCACCCCACCGGUGUCACACCGCCCAUCCGCAUCGAGUCCUCAGCGUCCUCUGUCACCGAGGGACAGACCCUGGACCUCGACUGCCUGGUGGCCGGCCAGGGACAGGCCACCAUCACCUGGUACAAGCGCGGUGGGUCCCUCCCGCCCAAGCACCAGAUUUCGGGGUCCCGCCUGCGGCUGUCACAGCUCUCGGUGGCCGAUUCGGGGGAGUACGUGUGCCGGGCGGACAUGGGCAGCGUCUCCCGUGAGGCCACCAUCAUUGUCACCGUCACCUCCCGUGACAGUUCCAGCUACCCCUCCGGCGUGUCCCAGCCCCUCCGCAUCGAGUCCUCCUCCUCGGCCAUCGCCGAGGGACAGGUCCUGGACCUCAACUGCCUGGUGGCAGGGUCUGGCCCCACCACCGUGACGUGGUACAAGCGCGGUGGCUCCCUGCCCGCCAGCCACCAGGUGUCGGGCACCCGCCUGCGCAUCCCCCAGGUGACAGCGGCCGAUUCCGGGGAGUACGUGUGCCGGGUGACGUCGGGGGGUGUCACGCAGGAGACAUCCCUCGUUGUCACCAUCGAUGAUGGAGACAACCCAUCCCACCCCACCGGUGUCACACCGCCCAUCCGCAUCGAGUCCUCAGCGUCCUCUGUCACCGAGGGACAGACCCUGGACCUCGACUGCCUGGUGGCCGGGCCCGGCCCUGCCACCGUGACGUGGUACAAGCGCGGUGGCUCCCUGCCCGCCAGCCACCAGGUGUCGGGCACCCGCCUGCGCAUCCCCCAGGUGACAGCGGCCGAUUCCGGGGAGUACGUGUGCCGGGUGACGUCGGGGGGUGUCACGCAGGAGACAUCCCUCGUUGUCACCAUCGAUGAUGGAGACAACCCAUCCCACCCCACCGGUGUCACACCGCCCAUCCGCAUCGAGUCCUCAGCGUCCUCUGUCACCGAGGGACAGACCCUGGACCUCGACUGCCUGGUGGCCGGCCAGGGACAGGCCACCAUCACCUGGUACAAGCGCGGUGGGUCCCUCCCGCCCAAGCACCAGAUUUCGGGGUCCCGCCUGCGGCUGUCACAGCUCUCGGUGGCCGAUUCGGGGGAGUACGUGUGCCGGGCGGACAUGGGCAGCGUCUCCCGUGAGGCCACCAUCAUUGUCACCGUCACCUCCCGUGACAGUUCCAGCUACCGUCUGCAGAGCCCCAUCAUCUCCAUCGACCCGCACAGCAUGGCGGUGGCACCGGGAGAGGAUGCCACCUUCAAGUGCCGUGUCCACGAUGGUGCCCGGCCCAUCAACAUCACCUGGCGGAUGGGACCUGGCCAACAUCUCCAAGACAACGUGAAGAUCAGCACCAAUGGCUCAGUCAUCUCCAUCACCGGUGCCCACGUGGGCAACCAGGGCGCCUACCACUGUGUGGCCUCCAACCGCUUCGGCGUCGCCAGCAGCGUUGUCAACCUCCUGGUGCAAGGUGCCCCCACGGUGUCGGUGAUGCCUCCAGGCCCCGUGACGGUGAAGGAGGGCAAAUCCCUCAGCGUGGAGUGCCUUGGCCGGGGCGAACCACGGCCACUGGUGCGGUGGAGCCGUCCGGGCUCCCGGCAGAAGGUGGAGCACCAAACGCUGCUGCACAUGGACAGCCAGGCCAUCCUGCAGCUCUCGCCGGCCAAGCCGGAGCACGCCGGGACCUACGUCUGCACCGCACACAGCGCCUUGGGUUCAGCACAGGCCCGGGUGGACAUCAGCGUGGAGACGGCACAGCGGCACCCUGGUGCCCCCGAGGUCACCGCGCCGCCCUCCGUCACCGUGGUGGCCGGGGACACUGCCACCCUGCACUGCACAGCCAGAGGUGAGCCCUCACCCCACAUCGAGUGGUCGAAGCUGCGGGCACCCCUGCCCUGGCAGCACCGGGUGGUCAACGGCAGCUUGGUCAUCCCCCGCGCCGCGCAGCAGGACUCGGGACAGUACAUCUGCAACGCCAGUAGCCCCGCCGGCUCUGCCGAGGUCUUCGUCACCCUCGACGUGGAGACACCACCCUACGCCACCAGCCUACCGGAGGACACCGCAGUGCGCGCCGGUGACGCGCUGCAGGUGCAGUGCCUGGCCCACGGCACCCCCCCACUGCACUACGCGUGGGACAAGGUCAACGGCAGCCUCUCGGCGCGCGUCCUCCACCGCGCCGGCCUCCUCCGCAUCAGCCCGGUGUUGCCCGCCGACGCCGGCACCUACCGCUGCCUCGUCACCAACCGCGUCGGCACCGCCGAGACCUUCGCCCGCGUGGCCGUCCAUGGUGACGCCGGGGACAGCGGGGACGGCGGCAGCGGUCCCUUGGCCGUCCGGGUGACACCGGGGAGUCUGGUGAUGGGGGUGGGGGGCACCGCCGAAUUCGCCUGCGCCGUCUCUGGGGACCCCCCCACCGGUGUCACACCGCCCAUCCGCAUCGAGUCCUCAGCGUCCUCUGUCACCGAGGGACAGACCCUGGACCUCGACUGCCUGGUGGCCGGCCAGGGACAGGCCACCAUCACCUGGUACAAGCGCGGUGGGUCCCUCCCGCCCAAGCACCAGAUUUCGGGGUCCCGCCUGCGGCUGUCACAGCUCUCGGUGGCCGAUUCGGGGGAGUACGUGUGCCGGGCGGACAUGGGCAGCGUCUCCCGUGAGGCCACCAUCACUGUCACCAUCACCUCCCGUGACAGUUCCAGCUACCGUCUGCAGAGCCCCAUCAUCUCCAUCGACCCGCACAGCAUGGCGGUGGCACCGGGUGAGGAUGCCACCUUCAAGUGCCGUGUCCACGAUGGUGCCCGGCCCAUCAACAUCACCUGGCGGAUGGGACCUGGCCAACAUCUCCAAGACAACGUGAAGAUCAGCACCAAUGGCUCAGUCAUCUCCAUCACCGGUGCCCACGUGGGCAACCAGGGCGCCUACCACUGUGUGGCCUCCAACCGCUUCGGCGUCGCCAGCAGCGUUGUCAACCUCCUGGUGCAAGGUGCCCCCACGGUGUCGGUGAUGCCUCCAGGCCCCGUGACGGUGAAGGAGGGCAAAUCCCUCAGCGUGGAGUGCCUUGGCCGGGGCGAACCACGGCCACUGGUGCGGUGGAGCCGUCCGGGCUCCCGGCAGAAGGUGGAGCACCAAACGCUGCUGCACAUGGACAGCCAGGCCAUCCUGCAGCUCUCGCCGGCCAAGCCGGAGCACGCCGGGACCUACGUCUGCACCGCACACAGCGCCUUGGGUUCAGCACAGGCCCGGGUGGACAUCAGCGUGGAGACGGCACAGCGGCACCCUGGUGCCCCCGAGGUCACCGCGCCGCCCUCCGUCACCGUGGUGGCCGGGGACACCGCCACGCUGCACUGCACAGCCAGAGGUGAGCCCUCACCCCACAUCGAGUGGUCGAAGCUGCGGGCGCCCCUGCCCUGGCAGCACCGGGUGGUCAACGGCAGCUUGGUCAUCCCCCGCGCCGCGCAGCAGGACUCGGGACAGUACAUCUGCAACGCCAGUAGCCCCGCCGGCUCUGCCGAGGUCUUCGUCACCCUCGACGUGGAGACACCACCCUACGCCACCAGCCUACCGGAGGACACCGCAGUGCGCGCCGGUGACGCGCUGCAGGUGCAGUGCCUGGCCCACGGCACCCCCCCACUGCACUACGCGUGGGACAAGGUCAACGGCAGCCUCUCGGCGCGCGUCCUCCACCGCGCCGGCCUCCUCCGCAUCAGCCCGGUGUUGCCCGCCGACGCCGGCACCUACCGCUGCCUCGUCACCAACCGCGUCGGCACCGCCGAGACCUUCGCCCGCGUGGCCGUCCAUGGUGACGCUGGGGACAGCCAGGAUGGUGGCAGCGGUCCCUUGGCCGUCCGGGUGACACCGGGGAGCCUGGUGAUGGGGGUGGGUGGCACCGCCGAAUUCGCCUGCGCCGUCUCUGGGGACCCCCGGGCACGUCUGGAGUGGCUGAAGGACGGGGGGGAGCUGCCCCCCACCCACAGCGUGCGGGACGGGGUGCUGCGCCCGGUGUUGCCCGCCGACGCCGGCACCUACCGCUGCCUCGUCACCAACCGCGUCGGCACCGCCGAGACCUUCGCCCGCGUGGCCGUCCAUGGUGACGCCGGGGACAGCGGGGACGGCGGCAGCGGUCCCUUGGCCGUCCGGGUGACACCGGGGAGUCUGGUGAUGGGGGUUGGGGGGGGGACACCCCAAAACCCCACUGUCCCCCCUUGUCCCCCCCAAGCUCUCCCCAGGGCCCUGAUCAACAUCCGGACGGCGGUGCAGACGGUGCUGGCGGGGACAACGGUGGAGCUGGAGUGCCUGGGCUUGGGUGAUCCCCGUCCCCACGUCACCUGGAGCAAAGUGGGGGGCCGUAUCCGCCCCGGGGUGCUGGUCCAGGCCGGCACCCUCACCAUCCAACGGGUGGAGCGGGCGGACGCCGGGCAGUACCGCUGCACCGCCACCAACGCCGUGGGCACCGUCCAGUCCCACGUCAUCCUCCACGUGCAAGCCACCCCCCAGAUCGCCGGGCAGCCGGAGGUGAAGGAGGUCUCCUUGGGUUCGGCGGCUGUUUUGCCCUGUUUGGCAUCGGGCUUCCCGGUGCCGGAGAUCACCUGGAGCAAGCUGGAGGGGGAGCUGCCGGCGGGGGCCCGGGUGGAGGGGAACGUGCUGACGCUGCCGGCCGUGCGCCACGAGGACUCUGGUGUCUACGCCUGCGCCGCCACCAACCACCGCGGCCAGGAGACAGCUUACUAUGUCCUCAAGGUCCGAGAGCGCCUGGUCCCCUAUUUCGGGCAGACGCCCCGCUCCUUCCUCCCCCUGCCCACCAUCAAGGACGCCUACAAGAAGUUUGAGAUCCUCAUCACCUUCCGACCUGAUGCUGCUGAUGGUCUUCUCCUCUACAACGGGCAACGGAAAACCAGCGGCGCCGACUUCAUCUCCUUCGGUUUGGUGGGCGGCCGCCCCGAGUUUAGGUUUGACGCCGGUUCGGGCAUGGCCACCAUCCGGCACCCGACGCCGCUGCGGUUGGGCGAGUACCACACCGUGCGUCUCCUCCGCAACCUCACCCGGGGUUCGCUGGAGCUGGACGGGCACCCCCCGGUGAACGGGACCUCCCAGGGGAAGUUUCAAGGGCUGGAUCUGAACGAGGAGCUGUACCUGGGGGGGUACCCCGAUUUCGACGCCGUGACCAAGACGGGGCUCAGCCGUGGGUUCAUGGGCUGCGUGCGCCGGCUCCGCAUCCAAGGGGAGGAGGUGGCUUUUGGAGAUAUGGACCUGCAGGCGCACGGUGUCACCAGUUGUCCCACCUGCCAGGACCAGCCGUGCCAGGUGAGGCUGGGGGAGGGGGAUGCCCACUCAUCACCACCCCCAUCCCACCUUGGGGACAUGGGCAUGAG